AUGAGAGCAGCAAGAGACAAGCAUUUGCUUUUGGGUGGUAAGAGGGCGGAGUAUAACCCAGAUCAAUACCUCUGGGAAAAGGAAUUCACCCUUGCAAGUCGAACGUACCAAAGGCAGGAUUUGGAGGCAAGUAUGGACAUUAUCAAUUUGAUUGUUCUCAAGAACGCCCGAGGCUAUACCUUGAAGUGUAGCCAUUAUCUCCCAUCUCCUUUCCCUGAAGAUACUUCACUUCCUUGUGUUAUAUAUUGUCAUGGAAACAGUGGAUGUAGGGCAGAUGCCAAUGAAGCUGCUGUAAUUCUUCUUCCUUCAAAUAUUACUGUUUUUACCCUUGACUUCUCGGGUUCAGGCUUAUCAGAUGGAGACUAUGUCAGUCUUGGAUGGCAUGAAAAAGAUGAUCUCAAGAUAGUGGUGUCAUAUUUGAGGAACAACAAACAAAUAUCCCGUAUAGGUCUUUGGGGACGAUCAAUGGGUGCAGUUACUAGUCUUCUUUAUGGAGCUGAAGAUCCUUCUAUUGCUGGAAUGGUUUUGGAUAGUGCCUUUUCAAAUUUAUAUAAUCUUAUGAUGGAGCUUGUGGAUGUUUAUAAAAUUCGGCUUCCUAAAUUCACUGUUAAAAUGGCUGUGCAGUACAUGCGGCGGGUUAUUGAGAAGAAGGCAAAGUUUGAUAUUAUGAACCUGAACUGUUUGCUGGUUGCACCAAAGACAUUCAUUCCUGUUUUAUUUGGACAUGCAAGUGAUGACAAAUUCAUUCAACCCCACCAUUCUGAUCUCAUCUCUGAAUCCUAUGCGGGUGAUAAAAAUGUCAUAAAAUUUGAUGGUGAUCACAACUCCUCUCGGCCACAAUUCUUUUAUGAUUCAGUUUCCAUUUUCUUCUACAAUGUCCUCCACCCUCCUAAUGUUCCUAGAGCUCAUAAGCUUGAGAAAUAUUAUGAUUUGGGGGAUUUGAAACUUGGUAAUGGUGUGGACGAGCAUUCAUUAGAGUUGUCAGAUGGGCCAACACUAACCUAUUCAGCCUUGGCUCUGUGGGAUGGGGCCAAAGGUAAUCCAGUUAGAAAGCUGACACAUCCCAACCGGCAGCAGCCUUUGACUGUUGCUCCUAAUGGUCACUCCGGCAUUCCCUGGCAGUCACAUGAACUACAUCACAUACAACAUGGUUUGCCACAGGUGCCACUUUUGUAUCAUGCCGGUAGUGAUGGUCACGACUCUAAGAAGCUUGCUGACUCUUCAUCAUUCCUAUUUGCCAACGUAGAAACACCAAACUUUGAACCUUCUACUGAAACCACAAUCAUGCUAGAUUCAACUUCCAGGAAACAAUCAAAACUAACUGCAUAUACAAAUAACCCAAUGGCCAAGCCAGUAAAGAGUGCGGAGGAUGCCUGGGCCACAACAAGCCUAUUAUAUGAGAUUCUCUCUAGUCUGAGGUCUGCAUCAACCGAUGCUGCAAGUUCAUCUUCUGUGCUUCCAACAAUUUCCACCACAAAAUCAGUUUGCGAACUUCUUUCAGAAGUUGCACCAGUGACUGAUGUAGAAUCCUUUUUUAGAGAAGAUACUGAUGGCAAUGAUGAAACUGGCUAUGAUAUCCCCACGGAUGUGCAGGAUAAGCUAAAUGGCGAGCGUGAAGAUUGUUGCUCAUAUACGAGCUCAAAUAGAGAAAGUUGGGGCAGAUGUUCUUCUUUAGGAGGUAGUGAUGAAGAAUCUUGUGAAGAUUUAAGGGCUGAUGAUACCCUCUCUCAGUCUGUGCUUCACAUGCAUGAUGAUGUGUUUGCCACACCUAUGCGUAGUAUGAAUGAAAAAUCGUUGGACCCAAAAGAAGGAGAUGACAAAAAGCACAAGAAGAAGAAUAAGAAAAAGAAGAAAAAGAAAGAUGAAAGUGUGAAGAAGCCAAAGAGCGAGAGAUUUGAGAAGCUGGAAGCUCUAAGCAGACGUCUGCGGCUUUGCCUUAUGAAGGGAUCAAACCAUCGAAGGCACAAGUCCUCUUAA